CUUAACUGGUGCUGCAGUAACGUUAUAAACGUAUUGCUUAAACUGCUGCACCAGUUAAGGUGGAACGGGGAAACUCGAACAAGAAGCCGACGAGUGGGGAAGCUGACUUCAGCCUCGUAGGUGUGUGGAAGUGUGUGGAUGCACGUGUCUCAUGGAGAGUCGUAUUUGAGCCAAAGAAGGGUGGGAUCAGUACCAUGGCAGGUGAAAGUCCCAGAAUUCAGCUGGUGUCUGCAGAUGGAGGUCUACAGAUUGUAACAGAUCAGCAGUUGGGCCAAAAGGUGCAGAUAGUAACAGCAUAUGAUCAGGCAGGGAGCGGCAAACAGCACUUUAUAUUAGCCAACGUGGAUUACCCCAGCCAGGAUAAACUGCUCCUGAAGCAUGAAUCCUCACCUGGGAAAGUUAUUCUCACUUCUGCUGAUGGAUCAGCUGUCAAUCAACUGCUCUUUACAUCACCUGAACUGGCAGGUCAGCAGAUCCAGUUUGUGACAGAGAGCACAGAACAAAGCCCUAUUAAACCUGUUGUAGAGUACUGUGUCGUGUGCGGAGACAAGGCCUCUGGUCGCCACUAUGGGGCAGUGAGCUGUGAGGGGUGUAAAGGCUUCUUCAAGCGGAGCAUUCGAAAGAACCUUGUGUACACUUGCCGUGGCUCAGGGGAGUGUGUGAUCAAUAAGCAUCAUCGCAACCGCUGCCAGUACUGCAGACUGCAACGCUGCAUGGCCCUUGGCAUGAAACAGGACUCUGUGCAGUGUGAGAGGAAGCCAGUGGAGGUAUCGAGGGAGAAGCCAGCUAAUUGUGCCCCCUCCAUUGAGAAGAUAUACAUCCGCAAGAACCUCUGCAGCCCUCUCGCAGCCAUGCCUACCUUCGUCAAUGACAAAGAGACAGCCAGGUCUGCCAGUCUGUUAGAUACUAACAUGCUCUUGAACAUCCAGCAGUCCCUCUCCAAAUUGGACAACACAAUCUUCAUCCCUUCCUCACCAGACCAGAAUGAUGCCUGUCAGGGUGAUCUGAGCACGCUGGCCAACGUGGUCACGUCGCUUGCACAUAUAAACAAGAGCCGUGAGGUGACAGACAGCAGUACUGACCUAUCAGGAAUGGAGACCAUGAGUAAUGAAGACAACUCCAUGACUGAGGUCCCACCAGAUGAACAGAACUCCAGCGAGAUCUCUCAAGCCUUUGACACACUGACUAAGGUGUUGCAGCCAGAGGAGACUGGUGGGGAAGCCGUAGAGGGGAGUGUUGCUGAGGAGCAUAGCGCUGCCCUGCUGGAGCUGGAUGGGCCGCUGCUGUCAGAGAUGCAUGUGCCCUUUAAGCUAAUGAUGCCUUUGCCCAUGCCAGAGUUUCUGAAUCUGAAUUACAUCUGUGAAUCAGCUUCUCGUCUGCUGUUCCUCUCAAUGCACUGGGCACGCUCUAUACCUGCCUUCCAGGCCCUUGGGCCAGAGAAUGGGAUCAGUCUUAUAAAGGCUUGCUGGAAUGAGCUGUUUGCUUUGGGCCUGGCUCAGUGUGCUCAGGUCAUGAAUGUAGAGACAAUCCUCACCGCCAUUGUGAGCCACCUCCAAAGCAGUUUGGAAGAAGAAAAACUCUCUGCGGAGCGAGUAAAGCAAGUGAUGGAGCACAUCUGGCGAAUGCAGGAGUUUUGCAACAGCAUGAGUCGUGUGAACCCUGAUGCCUAUGAGUACGCCUACCUAAAAGCCACUGUCCUCUUUAGCCCAGAUUAUGCUGGAGUGGACAGCACUCUUCAGAUUGAGCGGUUUCAGGAGAAAGCUUACAUGGAGCUACAGGACUAUGUCAGCAGGGUGUAUCCAGAGGACACUUAUCGUCUAUCAAAGCUGCUGCUGCGCUUACCUGCGCUGCGUCUGAUGAGUGCAGCUAUAACUGAGGAACUGUUCUUUGCUGGGCUCAUUGGGAAUGUCCAAAUCGACAGCAUUAUUCCCUACAUCCUGAAAAUGGACUCCACUGACUACAACAGCCAAUCAGUCAGCGCUACAGAGUAACUCUAGCUCUGGCCUCAGAUACACCCAGUCUGUUGCAAUGCCCAAGCUACACAUUCAAGACAUUACUGCCCCGAAGGUGAACUUUUGACCUCUGGAGUCAAACAUUUGCAGCCAUUGGGGACACUGCCUUUUGAGUGAGCAUGCUGUGUAGGGGCAGUUUUGUUGUUUGCAGCCAGGUACACUUUGGAGACUGAGGACCUUGUAAUUGCUUCUUAAUUUCAUGUUUGUAUGGAUCGCGGCUGCUCUUUGUAUUGAGCAUUGACGUCAACCCCAGUGUGCUCUUGCUUUGGACACUUUCAGUUUUUCAGCAUUCCGCUCUCCAUGAGUAGAAGAAAGUAUCUGUUAAGGACUUAUUUGUGUGAUGGCUUAGAGUGCAAUGCCCAGUUUGGACUCCAGAGCGCUGACUCUUUGCCGUAUGUACAUGAAUCGUGUAUAUAAGUAUAAUAAAUGUCAACUCUCAUAGAGCGAA